AUGAGUCAUAUGAGAAAGACCAACCACCUUAAGGUGGGAGAUGUCACUGGUAAGGAUUUGAAUGCUGAUAAGCUCACAGAGAAAAACAUUUGUUAUCAUUUAUUAAAUGGGAAUCUAUAUUGUAAACCAAUUCUCUCGAGUCUCGAAUCAAUUUCAGCUUCUGUGAAAGUAUUGCAGGGCACUAUGUCUCUUGGUAUGGAGGGUGUCGAAUCAAAAUCACAGUCACAAUGGCAGGAUAGUCAGAUUAUGCCAGAAAAUUCUAUACGCGUUACAGAAAAUAUAGAAGGGUUCAAUCAGUGCGUCAAAGAAAUCCUGAACCUAAUAGAACAAGAUGAAAGUUUCUCUGAAACCACAGACGAAACCUUUGAUUGCAAGAAGUCCAAAUUGACAACAAUGGUAACCGAGUUAUCACGCAUGCAUGGGGUGUUGGCUGAUCAACAUGUUCAUUUCAUUGGAGAAGUCAACAAGAACCUUUCAUCACUUUUCAAAAACCAGUCUGUUGAUUCAUCCGAUUCAAGCUCUCCUCAAGUUACUCAGAUGUUUACCCCUGAUCAAAAGAGUGCACAUAAGUUUAUGACACCAAUCGGUUUUGAUGUACUUCUGAGCUCCGGUGGCUGUGGUUCUUAUAAUACUAGAAGAGAAGCAUCAGAGUCUUCCUUCUCCUUAUCAUCAGAUUCCGAAUCAGAAUCUUCCAUGUCUAUCAACAAGCUUCUAAUUUCACCAGCCAAUGAUGAUGCAUCCAAGGUAAAAGAAACAAAAACCCAAGACCCUGAUGUGUUACUUAAAAAGAUUUCAGUUUUGGAAGAAGAGCUAUUAAAUUUGAACACGAAGCUUCAAACUUUAGAAGACGAAAACACAAAGUUGAAGCAUGAUAUCCAUGAGAAAGAAUCAGAUAUAGAUUCCCAAAAUGCCCAUCUUGAAGCUGAGAAAGCUAAGGUGGUUGAGCUACAGGAGCAAGUGUCUGACCUCAAACUCAUGAUUUUUGAGUCCAGUCUCAAGAUUGAAACUUUGGGAGAAGAGUUAGAGGCAGCAAAUGAUGAAAUUACAGAGGUGAAAGGUGAGCUGUCUACCAAAAUUAUUGAACUUGGAACAACUCAGGAAGAAAUGGCUUUGUUACAGAUCCAGAUUAACUUGCAGAAAACCAAAAUUGUUGAACUGAAUGAAGAAAUAAACUUAUGUGUAGCUGAUAUAUCAGUACGAGAUGAUCAAAUCACAGAACUAAACACCAAAAUCAAUCAGUCAAUAUCCGAAAUUUCACUACUGAAAAGUUGUCAUUCUGCCAAAGAAGAGAACUGGAAAACCGAUCUCAAAAGAUCAAAAACAGAAGUAAUGGAAAAAGGUGAGUUGAUUGAUGAUUUGAAUCACAAGCAUGAUGCUGUAAUGUCAGAGAGAGAUGAAGUGAAAGCUCAGCUUGAUAAUCUUCAAGCUGAAAUGUGUUCUCGGGACAAUUUAGUCCAAGAACUGGAGACCCGUUUGAGUUGGCUACAAGGCGAGCAUGCGAGGGUAGUUUUGUCAUUUGAUACUGCACAGAAGUUUACAAAGGAAGUAGAACUGAAAAUGGUGGAGUUGGAAAGAGAGGUGGAAAGGCAGAGGGAAGUGAUGUCGGAUAGAGCUGAAGAGAAAAGGGAAGUGAUAAGACAGCUGUCGUUCUCAUUGGAACAUUACAUGUCUGGAUACAAAGAGCUUCGUCAAGCAUUUGUUGGCAACAGGAGGCGUGCUGUUUUGUCUUCUUAAACUUCACAAAAUCUGUGAAGCUUCCUCAACAAGAAGUACAAAGAUACUUUUGUUGCAAAUAAUCUUGCCGAUUUACAUGAUGUUGUUAGUACUUUCUUUUUUCUUCUUCUGAAUUUUGAAGCAAUUCAUUUCAUGUGUCAAUUGUCAAAGGACAAAUAUAUCCCCUACCAUAUCAUCCGGUUUAACAACUUUAGUUCUUUCUUUUGCU